GUAGCUCAUCCUUCAAGCCAUAAAUAUACACGGAUACAUCCUCAUCUCUCUUUCUCUCUCUAUAUAUACAAACACAUAUAUAUUCGAGUUUUCGUCGAGAUCAAGUGUAGCAUACAUUCUUUUACCGAUUCCUAUGAAUUUCUAUACACCAUCAAUAUCUCUCAAAAUGGCCCCUUCUUCUUUUCCUGACAUUUGGACUUGGAUUCAAAAUCUACCACCACUAACACAAUGGCAAACAAACACCAAAUCCAUACGCAUUAUUUCUUCAUCUCAACCAUCUCUUGAGCUCUCCAUUUCCAAAACCUUAAUCCACUCUUCUUCCUUCUCCUUCUCCAUUCGUGUUAAUUACAACUUACCCAUCUCACUUUGGACCUCUAAACCACUCAAAUCCGCCAUUAGCAACACCUUGUUCCAUGAACACACCAUCUCCAAACUCUUGACCAAUAUCAUUAAAGAUAUCCUCAACUACACCCCCAUCAAACCCUCCAAUUCUUUCCUAAAACUCCCUCAACCCAACUCGAUUCCCAACCUCAAAGACAUAUUUAAUUUCGUGUUCCUGGCCCUGGUUUUCAUAGUAUCGAUCUAUGAAGCUCCACAAGAUAUCCGGUGUGAUUGUAUAAACAUGCUUAAAGAUGAAUUCGCGAGUUCAUGGGCAAGGGAAACGUCCAAAAGGUUGAUGAGGUUAAUGGGGUCGAAUACAGAAGAACAAUGGAUGAGGUCCAUGAAUCUUUCGAUCACAAACUGGAUGACAGAGCUACGAGCAAGGAAUCACUGCCUGAAAGCGCCAUCACCCAUGUAUUCUUCAGCGAUUUCAGGAUUAGGGUUAUGGAAAGUUCAGCUGUAUUGUCCAGUGAUUGCUAUGGAGAUUGAGAAGUGUAAUAGUCCUGGACAAGAAGAUCAAAAACUUGGUUUUUCUUUGAAUUAUCAUCAGGUUGAAGGGGUGAUCCAAUUGAAUCAUCAAGUGAUGGUUCGAGAGGAAUGGAUUGAUGUUUUGGUUAGCAUCGAUAACGUGAGAUGUGACGUGAUAAGGCUCGUGAACGACACGCUCCUAAAAGAGCGUGGGGCAGGAAUCGAGGAAAAGCACUUCCCGUCACGCAUAUCCCUACAUCUCACACCCACCAUCCAAACAAACGUCUUAAGCGUUUCCGUUAGCCGAUCAUCUGAGAACCCUUCACGAGAAAUCGGCGUCGAGAGAUCCAUCGAAGGCUCAUUCGAACCACCAAAUCCUCACAUCGGAAUAUCCGUUUCCGCCGGUGAAACCGUCACCACCAACCUCAAGCCAUGGAAAUUCGAGCAAUCAGUCUACGGCUACAGCGGCACUUUCAACUGGUUUCUUCACGACAGCGUUAAUGGACGAGAAGUUUUCUCAUCGAAGCCUUCAAAGAUCGCGAUGCUUCAACCAAAAGCCUGGUUCAGAAACCGGUAUUCCAGCGCUUACCGGCCGUUUACCAGGCAAGGAGGGGUUAUUUUCGCCGGCGAUGAGUACGGAGAAAGUGUGCUGUGGAAGGUAGGAAGAGGCGCGAUUGGGGAAACGAUGGAGUGGGAAGCUAAAGGCUCGAUUUGGUUGACUUAUUGGCCUAACAAAUACAACACUUUCUAUACUGAAACUAGAAGGUUGGAGUUCAGUGAAAUUCUCCAACUUACUCUAGCUUGAAUCUAAAUUCUAAAUUCAGGAAUUGUUUGUUCCAUGUAAAUUAUGUAAUGUACACGAAUAAUAGUGUGAUAUCAAUGGCUGUAAAAUUAAUAAAACAAAACAUACAUUUUCAUA